UAUGUAAGUAUAGAGAUUAGAACAUAGCAAAUUGGCAAUUAUAGGUAAUGUUGAUUCAGGUAAAUCAACAUUAGUUGGAGUGCUAACAAAGGGAAUAUUAGAUGAUGGAAGAGGUGGUGCUAGAGAGGUUUGUAUUUUAAUUUAUUAAAGCGUGUUUUCAAUUAUAAGCAUGAAAAAGAGAAUGGUAGGACAUCUUCAGUUGCACAAGAAAUAAUGGGAUUUGAUGAGAAUUUAAAGUAAGUAUUACCUGAAAGAUUCAAUUAAAAUAAGAACAAAUAUUGGAGUCUUGUAGUUGAAAAGAGUAAAAAGAUAGUUACAUUUUUGGAUCUCUGUGGUCAUGAAAAAUAUUUAAAAACUACAAUAUUUGGUUUAGUUGCUAUGAUUCCAGAUUAUUCUUUAAUUAUAGUUGGAGCAAAUAUGGGAGUAUCAAAAAUGACAAGAGAACAUUUGGGAGUGAGUUUAUUUUUGAAAAUACCAUUUGCAAUAGUGUUAACAAAAAUUGAUAUAGCUCCAUAAAAUGUUUAUAAUGAAACUAUUGAAAAUAUAAAAGCUUUGAUUCGUAGUCCAGCAAUAAAAAGAACAGCAGUUGUAUUUGAUGAGAAAUCUGGAAUGGAUGAAAUUGAUAAAUGGGCAGCACUUAUGCAUGGAAAUAAUGUUGUUCCAAUAUUUUAAGUGUCUAGUGUGACAGGAAAUGGAUUACCAUAAUUAACUCGUUUCAUAAGUAGAGUACCAAAUAGAGAUGAAAUAAACAAAGCAUAUUAAACAUUAAAUGAUCCAUUCUAAUUUGAUAUACAAGAGAAUUUUAAUGUUCCUGGAGUUGGUGUUGUUGUUAGUGGAAUAGUAAGAAGUGGAAAAGCAGGAUUGAAUUAACAUACUUUGUUGGGACCAGAUAAAGGAAAAAGUAUAUAUUAAAUAUAUUGUAAUUUAGCAUUUAAGCCAGUAACUAUCAAAUCUAUACACAUAAAUAGAGUAGCAGUUGAAUCAGCAUAAGUAGGAGAAUUUGCAUGUUUUGCUCUUAAACCAUCUAAGGCUGGUGAUAAAUUAGAUAGAGCUGAUUUCAGAAAGGGAAUGAUAUUAAUUGAUCCUGCAGUGAAACCUGAACCAGUUAUAGAAUUCGAAGUAUAAAUAUAUAUAUAUAUAAUAAUUUAAGGCUAAUAUUCAUGUACUCCAUCAUCCUACUACAAUGAGUCAUGGAUAUUAAGCAGUUAUGCAUUGUGGUGUUAUUAGAUAAGCUGUAGAAAUGAAGAAAAUAUUCUAACAUGAAGUAUUACGUACAGGAGAUGUAGACACAGUGAGGUAAAUAAUUUAAUUAAUUAAAAGAUUACGAUUUCUUUAUGCUGCAGAAUAUCUAAAAACUGAAUAGAUUCUUGUAAUUAGAGAAGGCAGAACUAAAAUAUUUGGAUAUAUAUCUAAACUUAUUACAGAUAAAUAAUUAGAGGAUGAAAAGAAAGUUUAAGUAAUUCCAAAUUAGUAAUAAUAAUAAUAAUAAUAAUAAUAAAUAUAAUAAGUUUGA